AUGACUCCCUAUUUCAAGAUCUAUGGAAGGAAAAAGGAAACACAAACCAAAGCUGGUGCUGGUAAUAUGGGCAGUGCCUUGCGACCUGAUUGGCCUGAAGGCUUGAAUCUUAAAGGUACAAAAGAGAUUCACAUCGAAACUGUAUGUGAAGUAAAGAAAAUCUACCUUCAGGAAGAAUUUAGAAUUUCUAAGAAAAAGUCCUUGCCUUUUCCCAGAGACCAUUGUAAUCAGUCAGUCACAACUGAUAAAGGAUUACAUUUGAGAUUAAAGGGGUUUUUUUUGUUUUUGUUUUGUGGUUCUUUUUUUAAGAGGUAUAUAUAUGUGGAAUUGACUAAUGAAAAGAAAAACGGCUGUGAUUUCAUUGUCAGUGCUAAGUUAACACCAAAUAUAGAACCUUUUAUCUGUGGCAACAAUUUUGAUCUAGGAGAAGACGGAGGCCUGAAGGUGGAUGCUCACAUGCACACGUCUCUCUCUGAUGUCUAUGCUGCGGGUGACAUGUGCACCGCGUCCUGGAGGCCCAGCCCGGUGUGGCAGCAGGUGAGGUUGCAGACGCAGGCUAGACAGAUGGGAUGAUAUGCAGUGAAGUGCCUGGCUGCAGCUAGUUUAGGAGAAUCUAUUGACAUGGACUUUAGCUUUGAACUUUUUGCUCAUGUAACAAAAUUUUUAAACUAUAGGUCGUAAUGCUGGGAAGAUAAAACACACGGGGCUUAGGUUCAGAUCAUGAAUUAAUGCUGAGAUGUACGAAAGGACAAGAAUACGUCAAAGUUGUCAUGCAGAAUGGGCGAAUGAUGGGAGCUGUCUUAAUUGGUGAAACUGAUUUAGAAGAAGCAUUUGAAAACUUAAUUUUAAAUCAGACGGAUCUUUCAUCAUAUGGAGAUGUGCUAGAUCAAAAUAUUGAUUUAGAAGAUUAUGUAGUUCUUAAAAUGCCUUUUUUAAUCAAAAUGAAGUUCCAAACAACACAUGAAAGUCACAAUAAGGUAAAUGCACUGAUUUAAUGAAAUUAAGAAUACAGAAGUGAUAAUGAUUUCAGUGAGAAAGUACUAAAAUAUAAAUAAAAUUGCAAAGAUCAACUAAUACACAGUUACUUUUUUCCAACAGAAAAAUGACCACUUAUGUAAGUGUAAGGAUUUAAGUUAAUCCUGAUUUAGCCUUGGAGCAGAUUUAUCUAGGCUGUUAUCAAGUAUUGGCCAACAACUUGGUCUGGUAUGCCAGACUCAUUCUAUGAUUAUGAAAUAUGAGAGGGUUAUGGUUUCAAGAGGCUUAUUGUUUUGUUUUACUUAGAGAUAUAGCAAUAGCUUCCUUGCUAAUAUCAUUAGUAUUGAUACCUUAUUCCUUUUACAUUUGGAUUCUACAGCUGUUACGAGCUGAAAUCACUCCCUUUCUGUGAUAAGCCUAUUUAAAAUACUCCAUAUAACAUUACUAUCAAAAGGUAUGUGAAGGGAUAAAGGAUUUAAGAUAUGUGAAGUCAUUCUUAAAUAUUUUACAUUAAAAUUAUUUUUCUCUUUCAUACUGUAAAUUUAUAUAAGUCAUGAUCUCAAAUUUUCAAGUCUUCAAUACUUCAGAGGUAAGUUCCAUAUGUAUAAAAUAUUAAUAAAAUUGUCUUUAACUUUUAACUACAAAAUAAUGGUGUAUACAUGUAUAAACUGUUUUCUUGGAUAAUUUAGAAACACUCAUGCAUCAUCAAUUUUUCUUUUCUUAGUCCCUGUAUUCUUAGAUUGCUGAAGCAUGUCUGCAGACUUCUGGAAGUUACCUGAAUUUUUUUCUUCCCUUUUUUUAUCAGCUCCUUCAGAAUGACAAGUUUGAGAUGAUUCAAUCUGCAAAUAAAAACAAAGCAAACACUCUGGUCACAA